AUGACGUCUUUCGGCGCCUCAAAUAUAAUCAGAGAUGGAUUCAUGACUUUUAAGGUAAUUACUGAACACGACACUAACAAUGAGUUCUAUCGUGAGAUUGCAUCAAAUGUUUCAUGUAUGCAGAUUCAAGGUCAAAUCUAUCAUCGAAUUGGAUCGUUAUUACCAUGUUUGGAUUCCAAUCAUUCCUUUUUGCAAAUAUAUUUCAUGGGAAAUUCAGAUGUUGAAAUUGAACGGCGUUGUGUGGUGUCACAAAAUCCAAAUGAUGGUAAUGCAGUGAGAAGAGGAAUAAUUGAAAGAUUGCAGCAGUUUUUUCACGAUGAAAAUUGUUUGAUCAAAUUAUUUCAAACUGCCCUUGAUCAAAUGCCUUCGGAUUCUCAUAGAAUUGUUAUUCGGGCCGAUAAAGCACCUGGUGGAAUUCAUGCUGGAAGGUUAAACGCACCAACAAUUGAUGAAGUUGCCGUAUUAAUUGUGGAUGAAGGAGCGAGCAGUCGAGAUAUUGUACUUCUUCGUCGAGAUCAAAGUGUUGUGCAUGUUUCGGAAACUCAUCGUUGUUAUGAUGCGUUGCAGUACCCAAUUUUGUUUUGGCAAGGCGAGGAUGGUUACCAUUUCAAUAUUAAGAUGAAACAUCGUUUAACUGGCUUGGAAAUAGCAAAAAAAGUUAGUGCGAUGAACUAUUAUUCGUACAGAUUAAUGGUUCGGCUGAACGAAAUUAAUCAUAUAUUGAAUUGUAGAAGGCUUUGCAACCAAUUUAUAGUUGAUGUUUACGCUAAAAUUGAGUCUGAACGAUUGAAUUUUAUUCGAUUUAAUCAGAAAAAGUUAAAAUCCGAACAAUAUAUUCAUUUGCGCGAUGCAAUUCAGAAUGAUGGGAAUUUCAACGAUAUUGGCCAAAUGACAAUAUUACCAGCAACAUAUACUGGAAGUCCACGACACAUGCACGAGUACGCGCAAGACGCAAUGACGUACGUUCGGCAUUAUCAUCGACCCGAUUUAUGUAUUACAUUCACCUGUAAUCCUCAAUGGAAUGAAAUAAAGCAAUAUAUGUUUCAUGGUCAAAGUGCUUCUGAUCGCCACGAUAUUGUUGCGCGUGUGUUCAAGCAAAAAUUGAAAACGCUUAUGGAUUUUAUUGUCAAACAACAAGUGUUUGGAAAAGUUCAAUGUUGGAUGUAUUCUGUGGAAUGGCAGAAAAGAGGACUUCCGCAUGCACAUAUUUUGGUUUGGUUAGUUGAUAAAAUUACGCCAAAUGAAAUUGAUAGCGUAAUAUCAGCCGAAAUCCCUAAUCCAAUCAUUGAUCCAGGACUGUUUGAAUCAGUUACGAAGCACAUGAUUCAUGGACCAUGUGGGGCAUUAAAUGUCAACUCACCGUGCAUGGCUGAAGGAAAAUGCACAAAACGGUACCCAAGAGCAUUAAUAGCGGAAACAAUUUCUGGUAAUGAUGGUUAUCCGUUAUAUCGUAGGCCGUUACCUAAAGAUGAUGGCGAAACAGUUAUGGUGAAAUGCAAAAAUCAAGACAUUAAAAUUGACAAUCGUUGGAUCGUUCCAUAUUCGCCGCUAUUGUCCAAAACUUUUGGUGCUCAUAUAAAUGUUGAGUAUUGUAACUCAGUAAAAUCUAUCAAGUACAUAUGCAAAUAUGUUAACAAAGGAAGUGAUUUGGCCUAUUUUGGAAUUGCUGGGGAUAAAAGUGAUGAAAUCACUUCAUAUCAAUUAGGCCGUUAUAUUAGUACAAAUGAAGCAAUAUGGCGAAUUUUUUCAUUUGCAAUACACGAAAGGUAUCCAACUGUACUGCACUUGGCAGUUCAUCUUCAGAAUGGUCAACGUGUGUACUUCACCCCUGAGAAUGCGGCGCAACGAGCAGAACAGCCACCGAAAACAACGUUGACUUCAUUUUUGGAUCUGUGCAGAAAUGACGAAUUUGCUAAAACGUUAUUGUAUUCUGAAGUGCCACACACACAUGGAAUGAAUCUGCGAAAGUUUUUCAAAGACGGAAACAAGGGCAACCAGUACGAGGCCAUCCAAAUGUAUUUUCUACAGAAGCAUUGGGUCGUGUAUUUAAGAACAGUCCAUGGUGAAUUGUGUGCGACUUAUCGGCAAGCAUGCCAGCGUUUGAAUCUACUUGAAGAUGAUAUGCAUUGGGAAGCUACACUUGCUGAUUCCGUAAUUUCAUCAUCUCCACAUCAAAUACGAACAUUAUUUGCAAUUAUAAUAUCUACAUGCAGUCCAUCAAAUCCACUUGAAAUAUGGCAUAAAUUUCGUGAUGACAUGACGGAAGACAUUUUACUUCGAGUGCGACGUUCAGUUUCAAAUCCUGAAUUAGAAAUCACACCGGAAAUGCAUAACGAAGCUUUGAUUUUGAUUGAAGACAUGUGUAUAAUGAUUGCAAACAGAAUAUUAGUGCAGUUAGGAAUGAUAGCGCCUAAUCGUGUAGUUCAUGAUGUUAUUAAUCAAGAAAUGCAUCGUGAACAACAAUAUGAUCGUAAUCAAUUGAGAACAUUUGUGCAGUUAAAAGUUCCACAAUUGAAUAGUCAACAGAAAUAUGCUUAUGACAAAAUCAUGGAAGGUGUGAACAAUGAAGAAGGUGGAUUUUACUUUAUUGAUGCACCAGGAGGCACUGGAAAAACAUUUUUGCUGUCAUUGAUUCUGGCAACCAUACGAUCGGAUAAUAAAAUUGCUUUUGCAGUUGCUUCAUCUGGAAUUGCUGCUACCUUAUUAGACGGUGGUCGAACUGCGCAUUCUGCAUUUAAAUUGCCUUUGAAUAUAACAACGAUUGAAUCUCCUACGUGCAACAUUUCCAAAACGUCGGCAAUGGCAAAAGUUUUGCAGCAGUCUAAGAUAAUCGUAUGGGACGAAUGUACAAUGGCUCACAAAAGAUCAUUAGAAGCAUUAAAUCGAACCAUGCAAGAUCUUCGAGGAAAUGAAAGACUUUUUGGUGGCGCCUUUAUAUUGUUAUCAGGUGAUUUUAGGCAAACUUUACCUGUCAUUCCCCGAUCUACUGCUGCUGAUGAGCUAAACGCAUCUGAAUUUUCAAAACAACUUUUGGAAAUUGGGAAUGGUAAAGUUGCAGUCGAUAAAUCAACCGGAUUAAUAACAUUACCAAGCAAUUUUUGUAAUAUCACUCAAUCGAAAAAGGAGCUGGUUCAACGUGUGUUUCCAAAUAUAUUGCAGAACUACAGGAAUCAUGAUUGGUUGAGCGAACGCGCAAUAUUGGCAGGAAAAAAUAAAGACGUGAGCGAUUUAAAUGCAAGUAUUUUGCAAGAAAUAGAUGGCCAAUUUUUUGCAUACAAAUCAGUGGAUACGAUAAUAAAUGAAGAUGAGGUAGUGAACUAUCCUACUGAAUUUUUGAACUCACUUGAUUUGCCAGGCUUGCCAUCGCAUUAUUUGGCAUUGAAAGAGGGAGCACCGAUAAUAAUGCUCCGAAAUAUAAAUCAACCACGACUUUGUAAUGGCACCAGACUUUCCGUGAAAAAACUGAUGGCCAAUUUAAUUGAAGCAACUAUUCUGAGUGGUAAAUAUAGAGGCGAAAACGUUCUAAUCCCCCGAAUUCCAAUGAUUCCAUCAGAUAUGCCAUUUGAAUUUAAACGGCUUCAAUUUCCUGUCCGUCUUGCCUUCGCUAUAACCAUUAAUAAAGCUCAAGGUCAGACUUUGAAUAUUUGUGGCUUAGAUUUGGAGCAACCUGUUUUCUCGCAUGGACAAUUGUAUGUUGGUUGUUCACGUUGUGAGCUUCAGAAUAUUUUGUGGAGCGAUGAAACCAAGGUGAAUUUGUUUGGUUCGGAUAGCAAGCAUUAUGUUAGACGACCUCCUUGUCAAGAAUACAACCCUAAGUACACAAAAAAGACCAUUAAGCACGGUGGUGGAAGCAUCAUGGUAUGGGGUUGCUUCUCUUGGUAUGGAGUUGGGCCAUUGUUCUGGAUAAAGAACAUUAUGGAUCAAGAAAAAUAUGUGGACAUUUUGGAAAAUGUUAUGCUCCCUUACGCUGAUGACGAGAUGCCACUGAUUUGGAAGUUCCAACAGGACAAUGAUCCAAAACAUACCUCGAAAAAAGCAAAGGCCUGGUUUCAAGCAAGAAAAAUUAAAGUUCUCGAUUGGCCAGCUCAAUCACCUGACCUCAACUCAAUCGAGAACUUGUGGUCUGUAGUCAAGAAUGAUCUAGCUUCAAAAAAAAUUUCUAACAAGGCUGCCUUAUGGAAUGAAAUCAGGGAAGCUUGGGAAAAAAUUCCUGCAGAAACUUGUAGGAACCUUGUGGAAUCCUUGCCGCGAAGUUACGAAGCAGUAAUAAAAGCUAAUGGAAAUCCAACAAAAUAUUAA